CAUUUCUCCAUUGCUGUUCAAGAAAAAGGGAGUUUUUUUUUUUUGUUUUUGUUUUUAUAAAAUGAAAAGGUGGUGUUGGGCUUGAAGGAAUUAUAUAUAACAUCACUUGCAGAGGUAAACAAUUCCAAUUAACCAAAAAAAAAAAAAAAAAGCUUUUCAGUUUUUAUCAAAAUUUAUUUAGUCUAUCAUUUUUGUUUUUAUGUAUGUAUAUUGAAUUAGUCAUUUCUUGAUUAAUGUAUGUUGUACUUGAGAACCCUAGAAAAAAGGUACAAUCUUUUUGUGUUAAUGGAAGCUUGGGUAAAUUUAAAUGAUGAGUUGAUAGAUUGUAUCACUUUUUUCCCCCUGUUUUUACAGCUUUUAUAAGUACUCAUAUAGCCUUUUUUUUUGGGGGGGUGUAUGGAAUUAGUCAUUUCUUGAUUAGUUAAUAUAGGUAAAGAUACAAUCUUUUUGAGUUAAUGGAAGCAUGGUUGAGUUUAAAUGAUGAGUCUCUAGUUUACAAAGGAAAUGGUUCUAGUAUUAAUCUUAAGGUAGAAGGAAAUGAUAGGUUAAAGAGCUUGUUUGAUCAACUUCUUGCUGUUUAUCUUAGUGAAGUAAGUGAUAAAAAAGGCGUAAUAAGGUCUCUUCCGGUUUUGACUAGUAGUGGGCAGCCUUUCGAUUUGUUUAAACUCUAUUGGAUUGUGAGGGAAAAAGGCGGACAUGACCUAGUUUCGACCAAGAACUUGUGGGGUUAUGUUGCUGGGCAUUGUGGAUUGGAUUUCGGGGCUGUUGCGUUUGUGAAGUUGGUUUAUGUUAAGUAUUUGAGUGAAUUUGAUCAUUGGUUAAUGCGAUUACUUAAAGAUGGAAACAUGGAGAAUGGCGAGGGUGGAGUUAUUCAGCGAUUUGAUUUGUUGUCGAACGAGUUGGAGACAAGGUUUAGGAGGUUGUUGUCCCAUAAGGGUGAGAAAGAAAAAGAUACUAAUUUAUUCCCCUCAGAGGAAUGCGAGGAAGAUCUUAUUUGUAAGGUCAAUAGUCAGGUUGAUUUUGAAAUGUUUACUGCUGAAAGUGUUAAUAAAAUCAAUGACGAUGACAACGUCUUUUUGGUAUCUACCAAGGGGGUUGUUGAGAAGGUGCUUUGUAAAGCGCCUGACGAAUCAAAUAGGCAAUAUGAUGAUGACGAAAAAUUCUUUGCUCGAGACAGGAAAAUUAAUACAACAUCUACCGGAGAGGUGAUUCAGGGAGACGUUGCUAAGAUGAAUGGCAUGGCAGAAAAUGAAAACCUUUCUGUUCAAAAUGGUUAUGAUAGUACGGUGGCCUCAGGAAAGAGUGUUAUUGAGGAUGUAAUUGUUUCUCGCAAGAGAAAAAGAGAACCUUCGUGUUUCUCAGGAAUGUUGGAUUGGCUUAACCACGCUGCAAAACAUUCGAAUGAUCCUGAAAUCGGACAAGUUCCCGACUCUUCGAAGUGGACAGGUCAUACAACCAACGAGUUCUGGUCCCAGGUCUUGUUGGUUAGGGAAGCGCUGCUGAAGAAAAGUCAUAGUGAUACGAAUGCAGAGGAAUCUAACCCUCAGAAGAAGCCGAGGAUGCAUCCAUCCAUGUACGAAGAAGAAAAACUCAACAAUCAACCUGCAGAAAAACUAAGAUGCAGCAAAAGGGUGGUCUACGCUUCACAAAAACACGUUAAUUGUCCAUGUUGCAACUCAUGUUCGACCUCUCAAAACAAAGAAACUCCUCAGAAGGAAGAAGAAGAAGAAGAGGAUACUCAGCCAGAUAUGACAAGUGUUUUUGAGGUAUCAGUAACGGAAAAAACUGAAGAUUCUGUUGAUCAGCAAACACACCGUGAAGUUCCCGUAGGUCCUCUCUACCAAGCCGAAGUCCCUAAAUGGACUGGUGUGAUUUCUGAGAGUGAUUCUAAGUGGUUAGGCACACGAAUGUGGCCUCCGGAAGUGGAAAAAACAAAAUCUUUAGUUGAGUUAGAUCCUGUUGGAAAGGGAAGAAAAAGUUCAUGUGGUUGUCCAUUUCCGCAAUCUGUUGAAUGCAUCAGGUUCCAUAUUGCAGACAAGAGGAGUAAGUUGAAGCUCGAGCUUGGUCGUUUGUUUUUCCGGUGGAGGUUUGACCGGAUGGGGGAAGAAGUUGCGCUUUCAUGGGCAGAUGAAGAGGAAGAAAGAUUCAAAAAUAUGGUAAGGUCAAGUGCUAGUACGUUGAAAAGCAAAAACUGGAAGAACUAUAAGAAACUGUUUCCAUCCAAAACUAGGAAUAUGUUGGUUAGUUAUUACUUCAAUGUAUUCCUUAUCAAGCGCCGGAGCUAUCAAAACCGGGUUACUCCAAAGGACCUCGAUAGCGAUGAUGACGAGAUAGAUUUUGGAUGUGUUGGUAGCAGUUUUGGUGAUAUUAGAUUCCAUGCACCAAUCUCCAGGUCAUCACUAACAUGCACCCAGAAUGAGGUAUGCUCUGAUCUGGAGUAAAAUGUCAUGAACUCUGUAGGUUCUUUUCUGGUUGAUACCAAAACAAAUAUGUUUUCUUAAACUCACCAGGCAGUUAUUACAACUUGCUUGACAAUUUUGACAGACUAGUUGAGUGCAGUUGAUGGCAAGUUGGAUAAUACUAGUGGUAAUUUGAUUGUGAAGGCUUCUCUGGUUGAACAUUAGAUGAGAUGAUGCAGCAAGGCGAAAUACUAGUUAGUAGAAGGCAGUGAUGAUGUUGUUAUGUAAAUGCAUUAUCAAAGUUUAAACAAGUUUUAUACAAGGAUUCAAAGUUUUCUUUA